ACAUAUAUUAAUAUAAUAUAUUGUGAUUCGGCGGACAAAACAGCGUUACAGCAACUUCCCCGGGCGCGCAAGCCACCGCCGCCACCGACGGUGUUCCAGCAGCAGGUCAUUGUCGCCGUAGCCGCCGUUCUUCGUUUCGAGUAGUGCACAACAACAACAACAACAUGCCGUUCAUACCGGAAUCGUACGAAAUCAAAAACAAAGUCCCACGUGAUCGGACCUUAAGAAACUCGUUUCGAUGGAAAGAGACUGGAAGAUGUUUGGCAUUGACAUUAUUAAUAUUUACAUUGAUCAUAUGCUACUUUAUCCUCGUGUUAACCCGCGGCCCGGCAAUUGAACUCGAACAAGUGAUGAGUUUGGUGAUGACGGUAUUGUUGUACUGGCCAUACUUGAUGGAAUGUUGGGCCUGCGACGUCAUACAAGAAAUACUCAAAAUGGAAAUGAUGUCUUACUCUAUGGUAUCCGAUUACAUAUACCAACUCAAGGUGGUCGAGCCACAAAUAUGGUGGGAAGUACUAAGUUAUCAUUAUGAUGCGCAGCGUUCGCCUAUCCUGAUAUCGAGACAACCCAAAAGAGUGGAAAAGCAAAAGAAAAGAAGGGCGUUCGACUUCAGGUCUAUGGGCUGCUACGACUUGUCUGAUUCACUUGAGUUUCGCCAAAGGAGUCCUAUCGUAAAAAUUGAAUUCACCAAAGAUUUCGCUUUUGCCAGACCUUGGCUUGCCGAAGAGUACCAGAACAAGCGCAACGCUUUCUACUCGCGUUACGACGCCAAGGACGAGUACUGCGACAAGAAGGAGGGAAUAAACUUCAUCGGGAUACAUUUCGACAAGUCCGUGUACGCCGGCCAAUUGCCGCGGUUCGUCAACAAGAAAAUGUACUGGCUGUUUUCGGCCCUGUUGCUGUCGUGGCCGUACAGGGUGUACGUCAACUACAACAUAUCGUAUGUGCACGUCAACAUCACCAAGCUGUUCGGCGCCAGGCGCCUGAUGUCGUCGUACGCGCCCGCGUUGGUCGUCGACCCGGCGCCGCCCGCUUACACCGUCGACUACCCGCUGCCGUUCGACAUGUUCGGCACGUCGCUCGCGAUGACCAUUUACCGCGCGUGCCCGCCCGAACGCGUGCCCGCCGAGCUCGUCAGAUACCACUACGACAUCGAGUCCGGCCCGUACGCACUGCCGCCCGCGUACGAAGACGCCAUCAGGUCGCCGUCCACCGUGCAAUAUGCAGUCGACGCAGACCGCCGCUACGGCGGUGGCAAUCGUCAAGCGCGCGCGUCCGGUCGAGGCAAUAACGGCUUGCCGGCCGUCACUUUCGAGACUAGCCUGUAGUUCACCCCUCCGCUCCCUGCCGCCGCAACUUUUCUUCAAGCCGUUCCCACGCGCGCGUCACCCGCAAGCAAUACAAUAACGAGUAAAGCCGGAGUAACAAGAUGACGCCAAUAACGCCGGUUCACCCACAAUUUCACGUGGGUUUUAUCCGAAAGCUGAAACCCCAACACUAUCCGAUUAAUAAUUGUUUAACGACGAAUCCCCAAAUCUAUCUUCAAAAUUGCUUUGGCGAGACAAUUUCAUGAGAAAAACUGUUCCCAUCGAAUCAAACCGCGAUGGAAAAAAAAAACAUGAAA